AUGUUUGUCACAGUAAAUCUAUAUAAUGUAUUGUUUGAACAUGAUUAUGCAAUGACAACAAUACUGGUAAUUGUGGGAAAAUGCUUAAUAAGACAGAUCGUGAUCCUACAUAGCAGCAUAUAUGGACGACAGAGGAUGAUGGUGUUAUCAAAUUAUGUGAAUCAACUAAAUGGUGUAAAACUGUCUUUAAAUAUAGUUGGAAACAACACCAGAUUGUCGAGGUUUCAGAGGUUUAUGAAUAAAAUAAUUAAAAUAAUGAAAUUGAUGUGUCUUGUGUUCUAUUAUAUGUUGGUGUUUUUUGCGUAUUGCUAUCUUGGCUUCCCUAAGGACUUCACAUUAUACAAUAAUUUAUUUUUUGGCUUUUGUUGUCUGAUGGUAGAUCUUAUAACAUACCGCACAGUGCUGCUCUUCAAUGAAAUCUCCUCUACUUUGAAUGCUCUUAACAAAAGCUUGUAUGACUUCUCAUGUUCAAUUGUUCAAACAGGUCGGAACCGUUCGAUCGAAUGUGCAAAUGAAUUACGAUUUUACAACAACAAUUACGGAAUGAUUUGCAACGCUGGAAACAGUUUUCAAGAAUCCAUUCAAUUUGAAAUCGCAGUAAUAAUCUUCUUUUUAGUUUGUGACUGUGUUCACCAAGUUUCUACCGUACAUUAUUUAAUAAUAGUGAACUCUGUCGACACACAUAAGUUAUUAGAAGACACGGUGUGGCUUGUUAUGCAAGCAUCAAAAAUUAUGGCGUUAACGGAACAGUGUCACAAAGCGCAACAAGAGAUGUCGAAUACUAAGGCCCUGGUGAGAGAGUUCCUGUUCAGUGACAUGACGCUACAGAAACCAUUUCGUAAUGAGCUGUUGCAGCUUUAUGACUUGGUCUCGAAGCAAGGCAUUGAGUUCCAGGUGUUGGGCACAUGGGAGUUAUCAAGAUCAACAGUUCUCACAAUGAUCGGGACUUUUACGACAUUCUUGGGAGUCGCGGCUCAAUUUAGAGUGAAGUUGUAAUUCAAUCAGAUAAGGCUACUCGACCUGUUUAAAUUUUGCAAGGCUACCAUAGUAUAAUUACAACUAGUUAGGUUGUUUAUCACGUGUUAUUUCCGUAACUCGACAUCUACUGUACUGUAUACAAGUUUUACUUGCAGUCUGUCUGCAGUUUUGAGUUGACAACUGGCCCAGUUCGAGCUCCUCAACUUUGAAUCUAUUUGCAGGUGUUUGUGUGUGUGUGUGUUGGAUUUAUCACGAUUUUUCCCGUCACCGUAAGAGCGUCCAGUAAACGAAUAUAUGAAUUCGGAAAAGCGAUAACAAAUUGGUUCGCGGUAGGUGGACGUAACCUUAGCGCCAUUGACGCUCUUACAUAUUACGAGUCGUUGAAUUAAUUUCCUUUCAAUAAAUCACCAGUGGACAGUCGCACUUUUACCGUGUUAAAUUUGAGUUGUCUUAAAUAGAAAUAUUUAAUGAAAAUGUUAAAUUAGUCCUGUGUUCUACAUAAGCCAAACCUAGAUUCUCACUAAUUAAGUGACACAUGUCAACAAGGGAUAGAGAAGCAUGCUGAAUUUAAAAAUUACACGUAAAGUACAAAACUAUGAGCAAGAAGAACAAACUAACAGACGCAUCUUCAUAGACUCUUCAUAGCAGUGGGACGCCCAUCACGAGUCACAGAAAAGAGGUGAACCUUACGAGUCACGACAUGGAGAGAGAGACGAGAGAAGAGAUUGUGGCAAGACCAAUACAAAUGGACGGAAGACAUUAUAGUAAUAAGAGAAAAGAGAAAACUGGAAAUGUGAUGCGGUUACUUUAAAUUUGUUUUCCAGAAUGUUAUCGGGCACGGUAUAGUGUAUGUUUUGGUAAACUUAAAGAUAAUUUGGAGAAAAAAUUCAGAAAAAACAUUAUAAAAUGUAAUACAUAUUAAUAAAUCGAAUAAUUCAAAUAAUGUUUACGUUCCUACUAACAAAAGAGAGAAAUCAGAAUGUUACAUAUAAUAUGACAGAUUCAGUAAGUACCAAAAUGAUUAAGGAAAAUAUUAUUAUUUGCUUUUGAUGAAUAAAACACCUGAUUAAAGUUUUAUCUUAAGAAAAUUAUGAAUAAUUAUGAAUAAUUGUCGUCGAAUAUCUGCCAUUUUAGCUAUACAGGGUUACCUCGUUAGUCGACCUAGAUCCUUUAUGGGGUUAUAGUUUAGAUCAUUUCUGACUGAUUUGACUAUGAAACACCCUAUCCUAAAUCCAAUGGUUUUCAAGAUAAUCUAAUUUUGAGUAUUUUCAUAAAGAGUCCGUUUUUUGCCUUGUGUUGUAUCUCCUUUUUGUAA